GUUGCACACCGGAAGUGCCCGUGUGUGUUUGUUGGAGUAAACAUGGCGUCCUCAGCUGCUACCCGUACUGCUGGAGCUGUGCGGGCGGUGAAGCCGAUCCUCAGCCGCGAUGUGGACGAAGCCAAGCGGCGUGUGAGGGAGCUGUACCGGGCCUGGUACCGGGAAGUACCGAAUACCGUGGCGGCGUUUCAGCUGGACAUCACAGCACGUCAGGGCCGAGAAAAAGUGAGAGAAAUGUUCAGUAAGAAUAAACACGUCCGUGACCUGCGUGUCAUCGACAUGCUCGUCAUCAAGGGUAAGAUGGACCUUCAGGAGACCAUCAAUGUGUGGAAACAGAAGACACACAUCAUGCGCUACUUCCAUGAGACAGAGAAACCGCGUCCUACUGACUUCCUGUCCAAGUUUUAUGAUGGACACAACCCCUGACCUCUCUGACCUUUCACCUUUUUCUCCUCUCUAAUGCUGAACUGUAAAUACACUGAUGUACUUCAA